AUGGCGUUUAUUAAAGAGGAGAGUGAAGACAUGAAGAUUGAAGAAAUAUACAGUUUGAAACAUGAAGAAACUGAGGAACAAACAGACCUGAUGGCACUGAAAGAAGAGACCGAAUCUAACAGUAACUUCACCAGCACUCAUUAUGGAAAGCGUUUCAAACACAAGAAAACCCUUAAUUUCCACAUGAAAAUUCACUCUGGAGAGAAGCCUUACAAAUGUGAUCAGUGUGAAAACAGUUUCAAUCAGAAAGGAAGCCUUGAUACCCACAUGAGAACUCACACUGGAGAGAAGCCUUACAAAUGUGAUCAGUGUGAAAACAGUUUCAAUCAGAAAGGAAGCCUUGAUACCCACAUGAGAACUCACACUGGAGAGAAGCCUUACAAAUGUGAUCAGUGUGAAAACAGUUUCAAUCAGAAAGGAAGCCUUGAUACCCACAUAAGAACUCACACUGGAGAGAAGCCGUUCACAUGCCAACAGUGUGGAAUAAAUUUCUCUCAAAAAGGAAACCUUAAUUCCCACAUGAGAAUUCACAGUGGAGAGAAGCCGUUUUCAUGCCAACAGUGUGGAAUGAAUUUCUCUCAAAAAGGAAACCUUAAUGCCCACAUGAGAACUCACAGUGGAGAAAAGCCAUUUUCAUGCCAACAGUGUGGAAUGAAUUUCUCUCAAAAAGGAAACCUUAAUGCCCACAUGAGAAUUCACAGUGGAGAAAAGCCGUUUUCAUAUGAUCAGUGUGGAAAGAGUUUCCUAUGUGAAGAAACUCUUAAUUCACACACAAAGAGAAAACACUCAGACUUGAUGGCACUGACAGAAGAGAAUCAAGAACUGAAUGAAAUAGAAGAGAAAGAUCAAAAUAAGGGACAUGAUUUCAUGGAUGUAGAAAAAUCCAUACAGACUGAAACAACUUCAUCACGAAGAAAAGUUCAGAAGACCAAAUCUAACAGUAACUUGACCUGCCCUCAUUGUGGAAAGAGUUUCAAACAAAAACAUGACUGUAUAACCCACAUGAGAAUUCACACUGGAGAGAAGCCUUUCACAUGUAAUCAGUGUGGAAAGAGUUUCAGUCAGAGAGCAAACAUUAAUUCCCACAUGAGAGUUCACACCGGAGAGAAGCCGUUCACAUGUGAUCAGUGUGGAGAGAGUUUCAAAUAUAAAGUAACCCUUAAUUCCCACACAAAGAGAAAACACUCAGACCUGAUGGCACUGAAAGAAGAGAAUCAAGAACUGAAUGAAAUAGAAGUGAAAGAUCAAUAUAAGGGACAUGAUUUCAUGGAUAUACAAAAAUCUAUACAGACUGAAAUGACUUCAUCACUAACAAAAGUUCAGAAGACCAAAUCUAACCGUAAAUUCACCUGCUCUUAUUGUGGAAAGAGUUUCAGUCGAAGACAUAACCUUACAUACCACACAAGAAUUCACACUGGAGAGAAGCGUUUCAUAUGUCAUCAGUGUGGAAAGAGUUUCAGACUUCAAUCAACCUGUGAUUCACACGUGAAAAGUCACACAGGUGAGAGUCCUCACACCUGCAAACUGUGGGAUCCACAGAAAUGUGUUAUUCACUACUGUUAAAGUUACAUAACUGGGGGAUUUCUAUUCCAU